AUGGCACUGCUGAUGCUAGCGAGUAGACAUUACACUGCUGAAGAAGUGACAGUUAAUAGGCCUAAACCAGGACGGACCAGUCCAGUGACAGUUAAUAGUGCUAAACCAGAACAGACCAGUCCAGUGACAGUUAAUAGUGCUAAACCAGAACAGACCAGUCCAGUGACAGUUAAUGGGCCUAAACCAGGACGGACCAGUCCAGAGACAGUUAAUAGUCCUAAACCAGGACGGACCAGUCCAGUGACAGUUAAUAGUCAUAAACCAGGACGGACCAGUCCAGUGACAGUUAAUAGUCCUAAACCAGGACGAACCAGUCCAGAGACAGUUAAUAGUCCUAAACCAGGACGGACCAGUCCAGUGACAGUUAAUAGGCCUAAACCAGGACGAACCAGUCCAGAGACAGUUAAUAGUCCUAAACCAGGACGGACCAGUCCAUCCAGUGAAGUCAAUAGUCCCAAACCAGGGCGGACCAGUCCAGUGAAAGUCAAUAGUCCCAAACCAGGACGGACCAACUCAGUGACAGUUAAUAGUCAUAAACCAGGACGGAUCAGUCCAGUGACAGUCAAAAGUCCUAAACCAGAACGGACCAGCCCAGUGACUGUUAAUAGCUCUAAACCAGGACGGACCAACUCAGUGACAGUUAAUAGUCCUAAACCAGGACGGACCAGUCCAGUGAAAGUCAAUAGUCCCAAACCAGGGCGGACCAGUCCAGUGAAAGUCAAUAGUCCCAAACCAGGGCGGACCAGUCCAGUGAAAGUCAAUAGUCCCAAACCAGGACGGACCAACUCAUUGGCAGUUAAUAGUUCUAAACCAGGACGGACCAGUCCAGUGAAAGUCAAUAGUCCUAAACCACGACGGACCAGCCUAGUAAAAGUUAAUAGUCCUAAACCAGGACGGACCAGUUCAGUGACAGUUAAUAGUCCUAUACCAGGAUUGACCAGUCAAGUGACAGUUAAUAGUCCUAAACCAGGACGGACCAGUCCAGUGAAAGUCAAUAGUUCCAAACCAGGGCGGACCAGUCCAGUGAAAGUCAAUAGUCCCAAACCAGGACGGACCAACUCAGUGACAGUUAAUAGUCCUAAACCAGGACGGAACAGUCCAGUGACAGUCAAUAGUCCCAAACCAGAACGGACCAGCCCAGUGACAGUUAAUAGUCCUAAACCAGGACGGACCAGUCCAGUGGCAGUCAAUAGUCCUAAACCAGAACGGACCAGUCCAGUGAAAGUUAAUAGUCCUAAAACAGGACGGACCAGCCCAGUGACAGUUAAUAGUCCUAAACCAGAACGGACCAGUCCAGUGACAGUUAAUAGUUCCAAACCAGGGCGGACCAGUCCAGUGACAGUUAAUAGUCCUAAACCAGGAUGGACCAGUCAAGUGACAGUUAAUAGUCCUAAACCAGGACGGACCAGUCCAGUAAAAGUUAAUAGUCCUAAACGAGAACGGACCAGUCCAGUAAAAGUUAAUAGUCCUAAACGAGAACGGACCAGUCCAGUAAUAGUUAAUAGUCCUAAACGGGAACGGACCAGUCGAGUAAAAGUUAAUAGUCCUAAACGAGAACGGACUUGA